AUGUUUUGCCGAUUUGAUGGGAACUGGUUCAAGAUAGAUGGCUAUGAGUGGAAGAAACGACGCGAAGGAAAACUGAUACGGGAGGAUCAUAUGAAUGCACCAAGGAUGGCUAACAAUAAAGUAGGAGGGAAGUUUUUUUUCCCAAAGCCAAUUUGUAUAUUAAUACAGGCAGGUAGACCUUCUUCUAGUAUGGAAUCAAAUGCUAUAUCCUACAUCACUCAUUCGGCUUUACAUCGCUUAGAGAGAAGGAAUUCAUGCAGCUCGGAAUUCCGUCGUGGUCUCUCUUCGUCAGCUUUACGUCGACAGCCUUCGACGUAUAGUGAUUGUCUCGAUGUGAUUCAUGGAGGUACUAGUAAGCUUUCACGGGAGACAUGUGCUGGUUAUUCUGCGGAUGGACGUUCUCAUUCAUGCGAGACAUAUCGUAGCAGCAAUCAGGACGAAGAGAAGUUGGACUCCACUCACAACAUCACGACCUUGACGAAGGCGAAAUCGCUGAAACUUCAGCCAUCGAUCAACAGCAACAACGAGUGCUGGAGCAGUUGUUUCUUGUAUUACAACUCUGUUGUUCAACCAUCACAACCCGUUUCUCAGUCCUCAUUUUCAUCGGAUAAUCAGCUGUCUACUUAUAUAGCCCCUAUCACAGAGAUGACACCUAACAGCGGAUGUGUUAAGGGUGGAACCAAAGUGUUAAUAGUCGGCGGUUGGUACAUGAAGGGCCAUAACUAUUCUGUAAUGUUUGGUGAGAAACGUGUGCCUGCCAGACUGAUUCAAGUGGGAGUUCUGUCACUCAUAGUACCACCAAGUAAGAUUGAUUUUCGUUUGUGCCAGAUAACAUGCUUUGUGAAUCUAUUAAACAAAACAAAAAGAAAAAACGUCACGCAUAAGAAGUUUUUCAGAAGUAAACUGUCAUUUUGUCGAGAAUUUGAUCCUCUUGCUCGCGAUUGUGAAGGCCGUACUCCCCUGCAUGUUGCUGUUGCGGCAGGUCAUGUGGCAUCUGCAAGGUUCGUUUAUAAUGUAUUCAAAAAGUGUGCAAUAAUACUGAAAUGUCCAACCUGCUUACACAAUUCAUCCAAAGACAAACCACGACAAGAUAGUGGUUUCUCAGAUGCAUCAUUCUUUUCUAGAAGUGUAAUUGGAUUUUUACAUAUUCAGGAAAAGUGGUGCAAUGAGCCACUUCAUGUAGAAAUAUCAAUGGAUACGGAUGUUUACGUGCCAGAUUCGCCAAAAAUGGCAGAUCUAUUUGAAGCCGUUACUAGGCAAGUUUUCAACGUAGUCUGUUAUUUAAGAACUCACUGUCAGAUUUUUUCUAGGCGAAUUCAAUUUCUAGGAAUGCUCUUAGAUGUACCUUUGGGUAAUCCUGCAUAUUCGGAUGGCGUUCUGAGAAAGACGAAUCCCAUCAACCCAGGGCGACACUCAGAAAGGCAGGAGGCGUGGGCUCCGAUGAUUUCUUGCUUUAACUCUGAAAGUAGCAAUUCGUAUUUUCAAUGCGUCUAA